UUUCUGCUUUCUUUUGGUGUUGACUGCGGCGUGUAAUUUCUGUGACAAAGUUUCAAACGAUUUGUUUAUCUGAUUGUUAAAAAAAAAAAAAUAACAAGUGCAUUGAAUUAAAUCGAGAACAAUUAAAAAAAACCGCCCCUUGCAUGGGCUUUAAAGCUAGCCAUGCCCAUGGUUGGGCGGCGUCGUCGGUGGAAAUUCCUUUGGAAGGAUGGGCGCCGAGGACUAUGGCACUAUUGCUAAUAUUAGCAAUUUCGAUAAUUAGCCGCGACAUGCCUUUUUUUUGUGGUCAAAUCGAAAGCUUCUUCAUCGUGGGUUAAAAUAAUCCCAAUGAUUCCCAAGUGAUAUGAGUGUCUUUUGAGUGCGUGUAGUAAUGUGAAAGAUAAGAAGAAAAUCCCCACAAAAUAAAGAGCGAAAAGAAAGCAAAAAGGAAAUCAAAAGCAAAAGAGAAAUACUUGCAAUUAAAAGUUAAUCCAAAUAAUACACCCCCCCAAAUACACAUAUAGUUAACAUAAAUACAAAAAACGAAAGAGAAAACAAAAGUCAACAAUGAGUGCCAAUACACGAAGAAGAAGACGCAGCAGCAACAUUUGCCUAGCAACACUUCAACAGGAGCAGAAACAGCAGUUGCACCUGCCACCGCCGCUGCCAACAAUACAGCUUUCUCUGCCAGCAACAGACGUUGGCAGCGCAGCGGACGAUGAAAUGGACAUCGACAUCGAAAUGCCGCGAAUUUGCCGCUGUUGCUGUAAACGAGAUUUGGAAUUAUUUCACCUUUUUGAGGCCAAAAGCACCAGCAGUAGCCACAGUAGCUCAACAACAACAGCAACAACAACAGCAACAACAACAAAUGCAGGAGCAACAACAUCCACAGCAGCUGCAACAGAAGCCGCAUCAGCACACAAGCGAAAUAUUGAUAAUCCCAUUGACUACGCUCUCAGUGGAUCCCAUAGCGGAAUGGACAUCGUCUUGGAAGAGAUGAUCAUUUGGAUGUUGAAUAUAAGUCGCGAUGAUGGACUACCUCAAGAGAUUUGCCGGCAAUGCAAGGCACAAUUCCUGAUGGUGGCCAAAUUUCGUCGAAGAUGUGUGCGUAUGCAGCAACGUCUGCAGGAUUAUGCCCAGGAGUUAUCCGAUCGUCAAGAGGCAAGACUGAGCAAGCGACAGCAAAAGAGGAAACGCGAGGACGACCAGCAGCAGGGAGAGGAGCAGCAGUCACCCAGCACUCAUUUAAGCAAUGCACAAAAGGAGGAGGAGACACAAACACAACCAGAGCCACCACAGCCAAAGGAAGUUAAGACUGAAGUAGAGACUGAACUGCCGCCGCCAAAAAUACGUCGUUUAAUGCUGCGAUUGCGUAAACUACACCGAUCCACAAUUGACCAAGAGGAGGAAGACAAGGAGCAGCAAGAGGAUCGUGUAUCGCCACAGGACACAUCCUCCACAUCAUCAUCCACACCGGCUGGUGAUAUGUUCGAAAAGAUCAACAUGCCGUGGAAGACCAAAGCAGCUAGAAAACAAUUAUCCGAAAUUCACUCAGAUACCUCAUCCCAAACUGAAGUGGAGGAUCCUAGCUGUGUUAGCACUAGCAGUGAAGUUUCUGUAGGACCAUGCUAUGGCUUUGAAAGUGAUAGCAAUCCCUCAUCAUCCACAUCCACAUCCACUUCAUCCACAUUAAAGUUUCCCAAGCGACCUCAGGCCAGAAUUAUAGCAGGUUCACGUCGUGGACGACGAUUCCGCAAUGCCCCCACUUAUCCACAGGCAGCUAAACGUCAGAGACGUAACCUCAUAGCUAAGAAAGUGGUCUCAGCGCCAACGGAGGAGCCGACGACGAUAGAAGAACAUGAAGCCGAAGAGUUGGCAGUAGAGAAGAAGGAGCAAACAGAACCAAAGUCUGAGGAGCAAGAAGAACCUCCUGCAGUUGGAAUUGACAACGAACAGUCGAAUGUUAACAAUGAGACGGAAGAAGUAAUACUUCGUAACGAUGAUGUAGUUGAACCUGGACCAAAUGGGCAACUUCAAUCGGAUGAGAUUAGCAUCUCUAAUGGCGUUGAAAAAGUUGCGGAAAAAGAAAACAACGCGGCGGAGAAAGAAGACAAUACGGCGGAGAAUGUUGCGGAAAUCGAAGCAGAUCUAAGCAAAGAGUCAGAGAGUUGUGUAACUUCCUCCACAUCUUCCAAUACCCAACCAGGCGUCGAGCAAACGGAGCAAACAGUUCAACCGGAUGCAGAUCAACCCGAAUUAAUAGUCAGCAUACCUCUAGAGAAACUAACUGAAGAUUUGCAGCGUAAACUAUCUACAGAUAAACUGGAAAAGGAGCAACCAUCAAAUGAGACCAAACCCACGUCUAGUGAUCCCAAGGAGGAUAAGAAUAACAAUGCGAAAAAUGAAAAUUUUUGCCAGAGUGCUACAGCAGAUAGCUUCAAAUCUGCUGUGGCACUCUCAAAACCGUAUAUUGAAGCAAAUUCCGAGCAGAUGGCAACAGAUCCAUUUCAAGUGGCCGAAACUCCACCAACCCCACCUCCUCCGAAUCCUCCUCCCCCAUCAACUCCAUCUCUACAUUCGUCUCCAUUAGGAUUAGAGAAAUCAGAACUAGAAGAACCACAAAUCUUGAGAACAGCUCCAACACCAAUGGAUUUCCUGGCUGAGUUCGAGAAGCAUUGUGAAAUGCGUGAUAGGACACCAACACCAAAAUCAUCUCCUUCAGCAGCAACAGAAGCACUCAAUGAUCUAUCGGCCAAAGAGCAAUUGGAAGAGGAAAUGAAUGAUGUGGAAACCACAUUGAAUGGUAUACUCAAUGAAAUGCAAGAUCAGCAUAUAUAUCCACCCACAUGUCCGCAUAUUGAUGAGUUUCUAACACCCGCCGAUUAUGCUCCGCUUAACGAACAGGAGGAUGAGGAAUCCGUUUCACCCUUGGCGGUGCCACUUAAAGGUAAUGAUGCUGAUGAGAACACCACAAAUCCUGCUGGCCAAACAACGUCGGCUAAUGGUGGUAAUCUCUUUGAUAGUAAUAAUUUUCCCAACGAAUUGAUUGGAUUUCAAAAUGAUAUACCUUGCUUUGAGACUAUUGAAUCGACACCCGAAUCCCAACAGAAAUUGCAGAUGGAAUUGACGCAGUUGCUUAAUGAUUUGCAGCCAGCAGAAGGGAUAGCAACCGCCGCACCCUUGCCUGUCCCAGCUCCAGCCGCAGUUCCAGUUACAGCUCCAAGUGUCGUAGUACCAGAAGGCAACUAUGAGCAGCUAAUGCCAACAACAAUGGAGGUUAUACCACAGUGGUCUCAUCAUCAUCAGCAGCAGCAGCAGAUCCACCAACAACAGAUGCAACAGGCGAGUCAAACUCAAUUACAAUGGUCAGCAGUCGGUGGCUUGGAGGCAAUUAAAACCACGCCCAUUGAAAGUAAUGGCACGGCAGCAACCACUACAUAUUAUAUACAGGCCAGUGAUCUCUAUGGUCCACCAUCUGUGGGUCCUAAUGUACCUGUAGAAUCUUAUACCAUGCUCGAUUCCAAUGAAAAUUAUCUACUCGAACAGCAAGCAAAUCUUCAGCAGCAGCAACAGCAACAACAACAACAACAGCAGCAGCAACCAAUUAUGAUACUCAUUCAACAACAAGAAAUGCAACAACCUGUGGCCUCUGCUAGUAAUCCUCAACAAGCACCUCUUCACGUUUAUGGAGCACCAAUUAACAAUGAAAUGCAUCAAUUAAAUCAUCAACAACAACAACAACAACAACAGCAGCACCAGCAACAACUACAACAACAGCAACAACAACAAGUACAAAAUCACACAGUAUUAGCCACUAAUCCAUUAACCAAUUCCGCCGCCGGGGCUGCUGCUGUUGCCGCCGCAGCACAAGCAGCAGCAGCAGCAGCAGCUGCUCCCAUGCCAGCAACCACACCCAUGGGUCGAGCUCUAUCCUUGAAGUGUCGGUUUUGCCAAAAUGGUCCUCGUUUCUUGAAUAGCCUUGAAUAUAGUCGUCACAUCAUUGAGCUUCAUCCGGCAGUGGCGCCCUUCAAUUGCCCGCAUUGUCCAUUGGCCUUUGCAGGUCGCAGCAAACGUUCCCAGCACAUACUCAGCAAUCAUGUGGUCCAACAAUUCCAGUGUGGUCAGUGCACUCAGGUUUUUCCGGCUCAGCGUGCCCUGGAUUUGCAUAUACAACGCUUCCAUAUGCCCCUACCGCCAGCAGCUCACCUGGGAUUAGGUGCCAUAGGCGGUGGAGUACGAGUGGAAGACGUGCACUUGCAAAUUAAUGAACCAGCUCUCCAAAUCCAGGCUAAUACCACGACAGUGAUGUCCAGGAAAGGACGCAUCAUUUGCUGUCCUGACUGUGAAGAUUGCUCUGCGGGUCAUCAUCAUCAAAUUAGUGGUGGACCACCUGGCGCUGCUGGAUCAUUUGAAGAGAUAAGCAAUAUACAGCCACCGCCCAUGGUCCUAACGCCGCCUUCGACCAUUGCCUCGAUGCCAUCGCCGCAACCAAUGAGCACAACUCCGCAUAUAACAAUGCCGUCGCCGGAGCAAUCGGAACCGGAUUCGACAACAACAUUGCGUCAGUUCCGUAAACGAAAUUGUAUGACUGCCACGCCCAUAGCUUCACCUUCGCCUUCGUCAUCGCCAUCUUCAUCGACCAUGCUAGAACCAAAUCCUCCACCCCUUGUUCCUACAAAUCAUUCGAGAAGCAAUACAUCCACUCCCGUUUCCCUGCAAGUUAGCGAUUUACGUGCCAGCCAUCAGUGCAUCUAUUGCGAGGAGCGUUUCACCAACGAUAUAGCCUUGCGUAAGCAUCAUCAGUUGGCCCAUGGUGCCCAGACGACAAUGCCAUUUGUUUGUACAAUUUGUAAACGUGGCUAUCGCAUGCGUACGGCCCUCAAUCGCCACAUGGAGUCGCAUGAUGCUGAGGGACGACCCUAUGAAUGUAAUAUAUGUCAUGUGCGCUUUCCACGGCCAUCGCAACUGACACUGCAUAAGAUAACGGUCCAUCUGCUGUCCAAGCCGCACACAUGCGAUGAAUGCGGCAAACAAUUCGGUACGGAGAGCGCCUUGAAGACUCACAUUAAGUUUCAUGGUGAGAUGGGUUACCAAUGCGAUGAAUGCGAUCAGAGAUUCGUUUAUAUUGCAGAAUUACGCAAACAUCGACGCACACAUAAUGGCAAACUAUUUUACAAAUGUGAAUACUGUCCACGGUCAUUCUUGCAUUUUACGGUUUAUCGUGCUCAUAUGAAUUCGCAUUUGCCUCUGGGAGUGUUCCUUAAUGAAGACAAUACUGUCUUGAUGUCGUCCUCCUCCUCCUCAUCGAGUAACAAUUGCAUCAAAGUGGAAAAUCAGAACUCACCACUCAGCAUAAUGGAGGAAUCAAAGCCAAUAUUAGACAAAGCAUUGCCAGAAAAUUCAAUGCAGCAGCAGCACCAGCAACAGCAGCUAAUGAUGGUCGAAAGUAGCAACAACAACAACAGCACCAACAUUGUUGCUACAAAUCUUCCUUUGGAAACCAUUGCCACAACGCCAUAACCCAUGUGGCCUAAUUAUUAUUUAGUUUAUAAUCAUUAUAAUAACAAUUACAUUUUAUACAAUCCACAAGAAUCAAUACCAAGCCAGUUAACAACGGCGCCUUCCUUUUACUAUUGCUACUUUUAGUCAAUAGCUUCCAACAAUAACAACAAAAACAACAACAACAAUAAGAAUAAUAAUAAUAACAAUAAUAAUAAUAAUAUUUAUUGGAAACAUAUUUUGAAAGAAUCUAUCUAGCCAAAAUUCGAAACACA